CUAGUUUCGAGAAUUAGCUAGCUAGCCUCGCCAAGCAAGCAGACUACAGAUUUAGCUGCUACCUCUCUGAUGCUUGAUUUCAGUAAGUUUAGUGUCUGUGUUUGUAGAGCCUUCUCAUCUUACUAAAUCAUCUAAGUAUAACAAGACUGCGUCUUUGCUGAAACGGUGAGCGAAAAUCUACCAUCAAACCAGAGGAAUACCAACUCGCGGCAACCAAGGUGAUUGCCAGGAAUCAGCUAGCUAGCAGCCCUCUGAACGUCCAGAAGCUUCCUAACGUCAGUCUAGUGGUCGAAAUUCGGCGAACGAUUAGUCCCUUUCCAGUUUGUUUGCAGACAUCGUGACAACUAUGUUAGUUUAGUUUAUCACACAGUAUAUAUUACCGUUCGGUUCUAGUGUAAGAUGGCAGCGAGCUGGCAGGUCGCUGCUACUCAGCAAGCUGAGCAGUUGGCGGCCCGCUUGAAGGAGCUCCUGUCUUCUGGCCUAGGUUAUCUCAACUCAGAACUCGGUGUGGAUUUGGGUCUGAAGCCUGAUCUGUAUCCGCCAUGGGUUAUCCUCUCAACGGCAUGUAUGGGAUUAUUGGUGAUUGUGGUAGUUUGGGCCUUUGUUUGUCGUGGUCUAUUUAGGGGUAAAGAUAGGUCGAAAAGAACUGAGACCAUAGCGGAGACGGUGAAACCAGCUGUAAAGAUUACCAAACCCGAAGAUCAGAAGAAGAAGAGCAAAAAGAAACCAUCUGAGAAGAAACCUCAAGCAAACGGUCGCCCUGUUGUCGAACAACAGCCGGAAGUAAAAGUGACUGAAGAAAUUCCUGCUGUCCAGCAAGCCACUCCAGAUAACAAGACUGACAAGGCAAAGAACAAGAAGAAGAAGCCUAAAGCUGCCUCCGUUCCAGAGACCAAGGCUCCUGUUUCUCCUCCUGCCAAAGAGCCUGAACCAGAAGGGAACUGGGAAACCAAAGUCAGCAACCGUGAGAAGCGUCAGCAGAAACGGAAGGAGAAGGGCACGGGUGACGCCUCCCCCAGCCCGGGAGGAGCCGAGCCCCCCGCCACCCCGUCCCCAGCUCCUGAGCCGGCCAAGCCCACCACCCAGAAGAAGAGCAAAGCGGUGACUGUCCGUGCUAAACCUGAGAAAGCAGAGCCUGUGGCCACUCCAGGUAAAGUGACUCCCCACUGGGAGGAGACUCCAGCGGUGAACGGAGGGGAAUGGAACAACGUUGGUGUGGCAAUCCCACCUCAGAAGAAGUCUCCAAAGGCCGAGAGCUGGACCGCCCUGCCCAAGAAACCCAUCCAGACCAAUCCUGAGGUGUCCGUCUGGGCACAGGAGAUCGAAGGAUGGACUGUUGUGGACAACAGGGGAAUCCCAUCUGCAUUCCCUGGACUGGGCCUCCCAGCAUCUGCCAUGGAGUCUCGGCCAGUGGCAGCGCCUCAGUGGGUUGAGCCGCCUCCCGUGGACGACGAGUGGUCUGGACUGAAUGGCGCGGACCCGUCCUCUGAUUGGAACGCUCCGUCUGAAGCGUGGGAGAACUACGAGCAGCCAGAGGCCCCCGCCCCUCCUCCAGAGACGGCCGCCGCCGCCCCACUGACCAACGCCACCGCUGAAGAUGCUCAGGGCUCCGACGACGACAAGGACAAAGCUGACCCGGGUGAGGGCGGCAAGGGCAAGAAGAAAAAGAAGAAGAAGAAGAAGAAGGCCGAUGAGACUGAACCAACUGCUCAGGAGGAGUUGAAGGAGACCCCUGUGGAGGUAGUGGCUCCCCCUCCGCCCGCACAGGCCCCCACUAAAGCUGCUGCCAAGGCCACCAAGAGCGCCAAGCCUGCCAAGCCGUCCCCUGCCCCUGCCCCUGCCCCUGCCCCUGCCCCCGCCCCCGCCGAGGCUGACCCUCCCCGCGCCGCCGUGCAGGAGAAGGCCGUCCAGAAGACCCCCUCCCAAGUGCCACAGGAGCCCGCCGACGCUAAAGCCGCUGGCAAGCAGCCCGCCGGCCCGGCUCCUGCCCAGGACAAACCCGAGGCCAAGCCGGAGUCUCCGAAGCAGGUGAAGAAGAAGAAGGCCAGGAGGGAAACAUGAGCUGCAGACUCACAUCAAGAGUUUAUAUGCAAAAAAAAGAGGAAGGAGUGGGGUGGGGGAAAAAAAGAUUUUUAAGACCAGAAAGAUCAUGCAUAUGCAAUACUGAAGAGUGUACAGACUUUUGUAUGAAGUGACUACUUUUUUUAAAAGAAAAGACGUCAAUUGCUAGUCUCACCUUCUUUGACCUUUGUGUGAAUGAAUUAGAUGAUGCACUGUCCACUACGUGAGAUCCUCUGGUGGAUGUUCCAUGAGAAGAAUUUUGUAUUUUGUCAUUUUGAUCAUUGUUUUUCUUUUGUUUUUUUUUUAUUAUUAUUAUUAUUAUUAUUAUUAUUAUUACUACUACUACUUGUGUUGAUUAUGAGUCCAUUGAAAAGCGCUGACGUUUGGACUCUAGCUGUCUUUCGCAGUGUUGAUGCGAGGCUCGGGCCUGGUCCUGGCGCGGGCCUGUCCAGUGGCUUGUUCAAACUAGUAGCCUGUAGCACUGUGCUUCUGAUGCAGCUUCUCUCGCCCUCUGCUAAAGCUCUUCCCGUCAUCACCAGACUCCUCACUCCUCCCGAGCCGGAGGUCGGGCAUGUAUGUAGGCCUUUAUGGAAGGAGUCUGUUUCAAACUAAAAAGACUCCUCAGCUCCUGGGGGAUGCCCUGAGGUUGCAAAGUGGGUACUUCUCAGCUAUCUGAUUACUAUAACGUCCUCCAGCACUUGAGUGUUCUCUGCUUUUUUUUUUUUGGGGGGGGGGGGGGGGGGGGGGGGGGUGGUUAUGGUCAUUUUUUGCUUUAAUGAAUCACAUCUAGGUAUCUUAAAUGUUCUGAAAUGUUGAUUGGUACAGUCAUGACAUUGACACUUAUUUCUAACCUCUUCAGAUCAGAAUGCCAAGCCAUAUGUAAGAAAUAUAGUAAUAAUAAUUCAUUCAAAUGGGCAGUUUUCUACUGUUCAAGGCUGAGCUUUGAAACGUGCUGUGUAUUACCUUUCCAACAUAUCUGUGUGUGUGAGUCCGCGUGUGUGUGUUUACUCGCACACAUCUUCUGCUGAUUAUCUGUGUGAAAUAGCUGGUAUCUUUCUGAGGAGUAAUCAUGUGAGAACGAAGAAGAGGAAUUUCAACUUCAAACUGUUUUGAUCAGUACAGCAUCAGGAACAAAUUAUAAUGCCUUAUUAACUAAUAGUUUGUAGUUGGGAGAGAUCAUGUCAGCUAUUUCUUGUGCUGUAUGUGAUGAAUGCAGGGCAGAGAGAAAAUUUAUGUGGAUGGGGGGGUUGGUAGAGGUGUGAUAAGCAGAUGUUUUUGCGCUGUUGGGAGUUAAUUUUUGUCUUCAUACGGCUACAACCUUGUAGACUGAUGUUGGUUAAUUUUCUUCCAUUGUCUCCCUGCCUAUUUCAGGCUGUGCAACUGAUGUUGCAGUGGCAGCACGUUUGCACAGCACAGUUACUGCACUGGUGUCUUACUGCUAGUGGGUGCACUAGUGGGUAGACACAGUGAUGGGAGAACAUUUAGGUUCCUUGAUAACCUGCCUUAUCUUACCAUACCCCCCUAAAUCUUAUUACGUAUGUUAGUGUUAUUAUUUAUUUCUACCAAAUCACUAAAAAAAAUACUUUUUGAUCUUCUAAAAUUCAAGAAAAUUGUUACAAUUCUUAGUUAAUUUGUCAAAAUAAACUGUAAUUUGUAUCUA